UGUUUUCUUAUUUUUUUUCAGGAGCUCUAAUCAUGUUCAGCUUCACCGUGUUCCUCCUGCUGGUCCUCACGGCUCAGACCAGGAUUCAGGCUUUUAAUAUUAAAAAAUCCGGCUCCUCCAACACCCACCAGAACAUCACCCUCACCGCCAUCCUGCAGAAAUCAGCAGAGGUGUGUCAGGUGGUGGUUCUGAAGCAGGGGAAUUACUUCGUUCAGCCGAAAGCCCUGACUGAGGUGUCUGUAGCAGAAGCCUGUCGCUCUCCUUAUUCAGCCUCCACCCUGAAAUCAGCCAUCGGACAGAUACAGGACAGAAACGCCUGGGUGGACAUCAGCCUUGUGCACAUUGCAUCACAGUACCACUUUCACAACGAGAACUUCGAGCAAGGACGCAGCGUUAUCCUGCAGGGGGCUGCGCUGGUGAGAGCAUGCAUGAAGCAGAAGAACUACGAAUCUGCACGACUUCAGCUGGGAGAGACCAUGCACACUCUACAGGAUUUCUACAGUCACAGUAACUGGAUCGAGCUGGACAACAAAAUUCCAUACCCAAACCUCAUAAAUCCCUACCUGCUUCUCGACAGCCUUGCAGACAACAAGACAGCGACGUGCAGCAGCUGCACUGUUAACUGCACCAACAACAUCCUGGAUACAGUCAUCAAACAGAGGAAACUAACAUCUGGAUAUUACAUUCCUCCCAAACCUGCAGGGAAGUGCAGUCAUGGAGGAACGUUGGACGUGACGAGUCUCUUAGAUCCAACAGGCGGCAUCAACAAGGACGACCAGCAGUCCCCCCACGGCAGCCUCCACCUACAGGCAGCGGACGUAGCGACAGCUGCCACCAGGGACCUGCUGGAGGACAUCAGGAGGACAACUACAGACACUGAGUUCCUCAGACUGAUGGGAAUCACGUCCUCCAGCUCAGUGCUGUGUAUUGUGAUUGAUACUUCAGCGAGUAUGGCUAAAGAUAUUGAUGAAAUUAAGCGCAUCACUAACUUCAUCAUCGACAGCAGGCAGGGCACUGCAGACCAACCCUCCACCUACAUCCUGGUCCCGUUCAACAGCACAGUAUACGGAAAUGUGACGAAAAUGACGGACCCGGAUAAGUUUAAAAGUGAAGUGAAGAAACUUUCAGCUGGUGGAGAGGGAAGCCUCCUGAGAUACAGUCUGUCUGCGCUGUGGCUGGCUCUUGCAGCAGCACCGUCAGGGUCUGAGAUCUUCCUCUUCACUGAUGCAGGACCAGCACUAACAGACAUCCUGCUGAAGAGCACGAUAGAGGCAAUGAUCGAGAGCACAAAGUCCACGGUGAACUUCAUUCUGACCAAUCCUCUGACCAACCUGACCUCCAUCGUCCCGAACCCUGUGAACCUGCUGUAUCAGCAGAUAGCCGAGGCCUCGGGAGGACACUUCAUCGAGGUCUCUAAAGAACGACUGCCCAACGCUACCAGCCUGAUUACCAACUCAACCAUCUCCGGCCUGGUGAACAUAUUCUACGUGGUGAAGGGCAGCGGGGGGGCGGGUCAGUACACCAUCUUGGUGGACCCCACUGUGACGAACCUGACCUUCUACAUCACAGGAAGUUUAACAGUGUUCACCAUCACAUCUCCCUCUGGUCAGAUUCAGGCCAGUCUGCAGUCAGAAGGUUCACUGGGAAUAAUUGAAACUGUGGCCAACCUGCAAACAGUGAGAAUCAACUCCUCCAACCCAGCGGGAAACUGGACCCUCAACAUCGCCUCACUACUGUCCUGCACUAUCAAAGUCACCGGUAAAAGUCCAAUAAACUUCAAGUUUGAUUUGGUGGACAUCGCCAAUAUCCCCUUACCGAACUCGGGCUACUCCGUGUCUCAAACCAGACCUUCUACAGAUGGAAGUUUUACUCUGCUGGUGUCGUUGCUGGGCUCGGGGUCGGGUCUGAUCUCAGAACUGGUUCUGGUGGACUCGUCGGGCUCCGGGCUCUAUAAAGGCAGUCUGGAGGAUCAGGGCAGUGGAGAUUAUCUGGUGACGGUGGAAACAGCGCCGAAGGGAGAUUUCUACAUACGGAUCACCGGCCAGUUCAACUCCUCCACCAGCUCCAAAUUCCAGAGACAGUCCUCCACCCGAUACAGAGCCUCCACCAUCUCCAUCACUGUUUUGAGAAACACCACGUUGUCUGCAGGGCAGAUUUUCACCGUUGGGUUCGUUCUGAAGACAAGCACAAAUACGAAAAGCUUCCUCACCUACGUCAAAAACACCGGCCAGGACCUCAUGCUGUUCUCCCCCAUCCUGCCGGCGGUCAAUGGAUACUCCGCCGGCGUCGUGGUGUUCAACGUCUCGGCUAACGCCACGGCCGGAACCGAGCACGUCCUCACCAUCGCCGUGACGGAUCAGGAGCUAACCACCACCAACUACGUCUUCCUGAGACUCGCCGUGUCCGCCGCAGUGGCGCCCCCUGCUGGCCUGGAGCUCAGUCUGUGGCUCAGUGGACUAACUCUACUCAUCAGUAGCUUUACACUCAGCUAGGAGGUUCUGACUGCGUCACAGUUCUGUACUUAAGCAAUAAUACACUCGAGGUUCGUGCUAUAAUAUGUAAUAUUGGCAAUGCAGUGCUGCGGUCAUAGGCGCAGUGCCAAUAUUACAGGUUAUAGCACAAACCUCGAGUGUAUUAUUGUGAUUAUAUCACAGUUCAUUGUUCAAUAUCACUGAUUAUUGAAAGAUUCUAAAGAGUUAAAGAGGAGGAGAAAGAGGAGGAUCUGUUGGUUAUAAAAACUCCAUCAGUUAAAAUAGUUCCAUUGCUGCUCUGUUUGUAGUUUGGUUUGUAAGCGCUGCAUCCUUGCUAGGUUACCUGUACUGUAUGUGGCAGUAUAGUAAUACAUGGAGAGCUUCAGUUACAGUGCAUUACUGGCUGAUAACGGUACUCAUAGAAAGCCUCUCAGCCAAUCACAUCGCUGGGUCAGAACUAACUGUGGUGUGAAAGCAUUUAUAUGGCAUAUAAAAAUUGUCUCCCCGGGAGACACCUCAUUGGUGUUACCAUACAGCAAAAAAAAAAAAAAAAACAUAUUUUUAUAUAAGAAAUUAAAACCACACUGAUGCAUCAUUUUACUUCUAUUUCUAUAUAAUAUCUGAAGAUCUGUGAAGUAAAGCAGAGUGUAAAUCCACUGUCUUUAAUAAUAUUUUC